AAUAAAAUAAAAUUCUCUCAUCUUCUCUCUCUUUACCAAAAACGGUUCUUCUCCCUUUCCAUCAUUUUCAAUUUCAAGCAUCAGCUCCAACUUCGAUCUUCAACUUCAGAUUUUAAUAUACGAAGUCUUUCCCGCGCUCGGCAGGGGAAAUGGUAAAUCAACUGAAGACCCGCUGCCCAUUCCCCGAUUGCUCAGAUGACACACCUCAAAAGGCGAUAAACUAAUCGAAGAUGAUCCAUAUUUGAAUGGAUGGAGCACAAAGAGAGUGCACCCAUAACUUAUUCCCACAGUUCGUGAAAUAAAGCAGCACUACAUGAAAAAGUUCAAAGCAUUUACAGACGAACCGAAUGAUGCAUUCAUCGAUGGCUUGAAGACCUGUCUGGAGGGUGUGACUGUCAUCACCUCAUCGGAGGAUGGUAAGGAUGAGAUGAUGACUGGGAUUUAGGUAAAAAUGUUAUUUCAAGCAUGUCACUCGGGGUGCGGGGACAAGUAAGCUGAGAGCAUCGGGAAAGACACCGAUGAUUGAAAAUCUGGAAGAACACGUGUUUAGGUUGGAGGAUUCGAUCAAGGACAUCGCUGAUUUCGUAAAAGAAGAGAGGCUGAGGAGAGCAGAAAAGGAGAGGCAAAAGAAGAGAGAUGAAGCUGAAGGUGUGCAGGUGCAAAGUCGGCAUUCAACGGCGAGGGCUGGCUGCGAUGACAGCGGCAUCAAAGAAGCCCUCCUUGAGGUAGCAGCUUUGGAACAUUCCUCCAUCAAUGCUGAUGAGGUGAUGAUCUCUGAGGUUGCAGCUGUGGUAGAGAAGGAAAAUCUGGAUGAAGGCGAUGAAGAGAAAGAAGAAGAAAAAAAUGAAAAAGUUGUUUGUGAAGAAGAAAACAAAGCUGAUGGAUCAGCUGGUGUGAAGAAGGAGGAUCAUGACGAAGGCGGACAGGAUGAAGAUGAUAAAAAUGAAAAAAACGGUUGUGAAGAAGAAAACAAUGAAGGAGAUGGAGAGAAAACAGAAGAGAAGAAUGCACAAGAAGUUGAGAAAAAACAACAUAAAAAAGAAGGAAAAAGUGAUGCACCAGAAAAAGAAGGCAUCGCGGAGAAGGAUAACAAGAAUGAAUUUCCAAACUUGGAUGAAUUUCUUAAUGAAGUUAGUCAGGAAAUCGACAAGAUGAUGGUGAAAACCGAAAAUGUUGAAUCUUUAGACAAUUAUUAAAUAUUUAUUUGUGGCUAAUGAUUAUUUUUAUUUGACUAGAUAAUGUUAACUUCUAACUUUCAGC